AUGACGACCAAAGUCGCGUUAAUCACUGGUGGAGCAAGUGGAAUGGGCCUCGCGGUCGCGCAGGCUCUAGCAAAGCGUGGAAACUGGACACUACAUCUCGUCGACCUCAAUGCUGAAGCAGGAGCCAAAGCGGCGGCAGACCUCCCCAACGCCCAUUUCCACAGGACCAACGUGACCUCAUACGCUUCGCUUGCUUCUACUUUUGAAGCCGCUUUCAAAAUCUCAGGCUCGAUCGACUUUGUAUUCGCGAACGCUGGCAUUGUAGAACGAGAUGACUUCUACGCAAAGUCAGAUCUCGCUAUACCCCCCGAACCGAACCAGUUGAGCAUUGAUAUCAACCUGAAGUCGGUGGUCAACACAGCCUAUCUAGCGCUACAUUUCUUCCGGAAGAGCCCCCACAAGGGAAAGGAUGGAGUCUUGAUAGCGACGGCGAGUUGUGGUGGACUGUACCCAUCUGAGUUCUGCCCCAUGUACUCCGCCGCCAAAGCUGGUGUGAUUCACUUCAUCCGCAGCAUCGCCUACUCCUACCACGCAAACGACGGAAUUCGGACAUACGCCAUCUGCCCUGGAACAGUCAAGACGGGUCUUAUGACUGGUGAGGAAUGGAAGUCGUUCCCAGAGGAGUACUUCACCCCGAUAUCUACUCUCGUCAACUCGGCGACAACGCUGGUUGAUGGCGGUGCCCUGGAGGACGCGUUUGGCGUCAAGUUGCCGGCGGAGAAGGCGUACAGUCUGGCUGUCGAGAUCAACGGGAAAAACCACUACUUCAGGAACCAAGUGCCUUUCUGCGACGACCAGAUGGCGGCAGUGAUGGCGAAGACGAGCAUGGAGGCGCAGGCUGCGAGGAUUAACGGGACGAAGUAG